GUUAUGACCAGCUAGUCUAUGGCUGUCUGUGAUUUCAUAUUUCUUAUUUUUUCUAUGAUGAAUUUGUCUGUAAGAACGAACUGUUGAACGGUAAUCACAUAAUAUUUUGUGUUGUACAUAAAGUUGUCUUAUAAUAGGGGAUUUUUAUAUACACCGAAAAUGGAUUCAAAACAAGAAAAACAAUACAUUUUUAAUAUGAACUUGGCAAGAAUUAUGGGCUUAUAUCAAAUUUUAACUCCAACUUCCACUAAAAUUUGUGGCUACAACAUAUAUCACAUUGUUAUUGUGUUUUUUGGAUCAUUUAUGUUUGCCAUAUCGAUGUUGUUUCCAAUUGGUUUGCUAUAUUUAAGAAAUGAUAUAAUUGCGCUUAUGUACUACAUGGGUUGCAUAAGCAAUUUUCUAUUAUCCUGUUACAAAAUGGGUAAUAUUCUGUAUUAUUCCAAGGAUAUAUGGAAAUGCAUUGACGUCACAAGCUUUUACUUUAUUUCAUACAAACACUACGAUAGAAAUGUAUUUAAAAACUGGCAAACACGGUCUAUACGUGUUACUUACUUAUAUAUUGUAAUAGCGUUAUUCGCUUUUUUUUGUUGGAUUUUUAGUCCAUGUGUCAUGAAUAAAUCUAUCAUUACUAUUAGAAAUAUUGACGGUUCAUAUAGUAAAUACCGAAUGAAUAUUUUUAAUAUAUAUUUAAUAGCAUCACAUGAAAUAUAUAACAUGCAUUUUUACAUAUUUUAUAUUAUUGAAAUAAUAGUUAGUGUUUGCUAUGUAUAUUUCACUAUAAUAUUUGAUGUUCUAAUGCUUCUGAUAUGUUUUGCAAUAUCUUACCAACUGGAAACAAUUAGUAAUACAAUCGAAUCAUUUGGCUACGAAAAAUGUACACAGAAUAAUAUCAGCAAUGGUAAUUCAAUGCAAAUAGAGAAGAAAUGUGACAUAAUAUACAAUGAUUUAAUAACGAUAAUAACAGACCACCAAAACGUCAUAAAAAAGUUAAAGGAUUUUUAUAACAUGUUCCGGUUAGUAACGCUAACUCAAAUAUUUAUAGCUUCAAGUUCACACGUAUUUAUUUGGUCUAUAGCUGCAAUGAGCACUGAUGGAGGUGAUAAUGCAGAUUCAAUAUUGUCAUUUAAGCUAUUUAUUGUACUCCCUCUUAUAAAUUUUCAAUUAUUUAUGACUUGUAGUUUAUUUGGAACUAUAAAUGAAAAAAAAGAUUCGAUCAUUUUUGCAUUAUAUAACAGCAACUGGACUAAUAUGGAUUUAAAAAGCAAAAAAAUUAUUUUGUUUAGUUUGAUAAUAAAUAAUGCCAACCAAUUAAAAAUGAAGUUUACGAAUAUCAAAAUUGUUAACUUGGAAAUGUUUAGUCAUACGAUGCGUUUUUGUUAUUCAAUAUUUUCAAUGCUAAUAAAUUAUAAUAAUAAAAAUAAAAUAAAAUGA